AUGUUGCCGAUCCUGCUGCUGCUGCUGCUGCUGCUCAGUCCUGCUUUGGCCUGGAUCCCAAUGCAUGACUGGGAGUCUGGCAAUGUGACUGCAUCAGUGGGUGAGUCCAGCCAGUGCGUUUGUUAUGUGUAUUUACCUGAAACCACCUUCCCUGCAGACCGCGUUCAGCACAUGCAGCAAGUCAGCAAGGAUCUGAUCCUGGAGGUGGAAAUUCAAAUGAACAAGGUGCAGAGCAUUAGCAAACCAAUGGUGGUCCAACUGAAUGCUCAUUUAAAUGUAGGUUUUCAGUAUGGGGGCUGGGGAAAAGACUCCAAACCUAUCAGAGGCUAUGAAUCAAUGUACUUCUACGGUGCAUACAGCACUCCCUCUGUGCAUGACUUCUAUUUGUACUCCAAUUAUGAAAAGCUGAUUUUGAGGUCCUCGUUCAAACACCAUGACAUACCAAGCAGGUGGGAAGGUACCGGUAACAAUUACAUUGUUCACAGUAACGCCAUAUAUUAACAGCACAAUACCCCUUUCAGUAUAAGCAAACUGAAUCUGACGAGUUCAAAAUAUGACUACAGAGUCCUUCCAGCUGCUAGUCAAAGAUUCUCGUACAGCUACUCAGACCAUCAGAACAUGGACUUUGCAGCUGAUGAAAAUGGCUUGUGGGUAAUGUAUGCCUCAGAGGAGAGCAAAGGCAAAAUGAUCCUUGCUAAAAUAGAUGAGAAAUCUUUUGGCAUUGAGGAUGAGUGGAAGACCAGUGUGUUCAAGCAGUUGGCUGUCAAUGCUUUCAUGGCCUGUGGAGUCAUGUACGCCACCAGGUCAGUGGAUCUGAACACAGAGGAGAUCUACUACGCCUUCGACACUAAAACCAAUGAGGAGAAACACCUCAACGUUCAAUUCCAGAAGUUCCAGGAGAAAUACACCAACCUGGACUACAAUCCCUCCGAUCAGAAGCUCUACAUGUACAACAACGGCUACUAUGUGUCUUACAGCGUGAGGUUCAACAAGGACUGA